UUAAAGGGAGAAGCCGUGAGAGGUUGUCUUCUUGAGACGAAGAUGGUUAGAAGCAUGACGGAGUGUUCAGUAGUUUGCGCCCGCACCCCGGGCUGCACCGGUUAUAACACAGAGAACACGGCGGCAACCCAUAAACAGUGUGAGUUGAGCGCCUACGCAGACACUGACGUCGGCGCUGCAAUUGUCACCGAUAACAACUACGACUUCUAUAUGAAAGUAAACAGCGGACUAUGCCCUGCAGACUUCGUGGAAUUCCGUGGAAAUUGUUACUACAUUGAGACACUCAACACGAAGACUUGGCAAGAGGCACGUGACCACUGCAUCAGCAUGGGAGCCGACCUCGUCAGUCUGGAAUCACCGGGAGAAACCGAUUUCUUGGUGCCUCAACUGCCACCAAGUUGGUUGACCGGUGGCAACGACGUCGCAGUGGACACGCAGUGGGUGUGGGUUGCUACAGGAAGACAGGUAGACAUGUGCGCACCUAUCCCGUGGGCUCCUGGAGAACCUAAUAAUAUAGGUUUAGAAAUCUACAUUGAAUUCACCAGUUAUCAGAGAAAUAAUGUUGGGAAAUUUUACUUAUUAAAAUACGUCUGUGAGAAAUCGCCAUGA